UUGUUGGUCCUCUCAAAACGCAAGAUACUCUCGUUGUGAACAGACGUGCGGUGUUGCUGGCUGUCGGACGUAUGCUUAAAAUAUGCGUUAUAAAGUGUGUGAACAAUUAAACGAAAAGUGAAAAAUCUGUUUAGCUUGUAAUAAUAUUAUUCCAAGUUUCAUGAAUUGCGAAAUUCAUUUAUGCGAAAUAGCUUUAAUUCUAAGUGGAUUCGCCACCAACAAGAGCUACAUUCAAAAAUAUUUGAUAUCUACUAUAAGGUGGUAUCCUAUCAGUUUUGCAAGUGAAGUUACUGUACAUAUAAAUUAUUCAUAAAAAAAAGAAAACUAUCUAAACCGUUCUUUGGAUUACGCGCUCUUCUUCAAACAAAAAUCUAGCUUAAUUAAUUCGCUUUAAUUAUGGCAGUCGUCAAAAAAGAUCAACUAUACAUGCAGUUGAAUGCAGCGGAGCUUGAAGCCAUUAUCAAGAAAGAUUCUCCAAGUUCAAACGACCGCGACGCUGGUUUUUGUUCCGCAAGCUCUGAAAGUGAAGGUGGUGACGAUUUGGCCCUGGAAAAUGUACACACCGGCAGUCCUGGAAUGGGGCACACCAAAGACUAUGGCGCUCUGGCGGUGGAAGAAAAGUCUAUUGUGCUGGUUCGCAAUAAACGUAAAAGCAUGGAGCCAUCAAAAGUUGUGGAGUCCACAUCGCUGUCAGAAAAAUAUUCACCAAGAUCAACAGCUAAUUCGUAUAUGGUGGCAACUUCAGGUCCCCUUAAGAAACGAAUACGGUAUACUUCGUCAGCUGACUCGGCUGUGAUGUUGACGCCACCGUCUAUUCCAUCCCCGCCACACAGCCAUGUACCACCGUCUGCAUUGGAGCAUGCGUGGGAUUCUAGUCAUGCGUCAUCUCGAGAAAUAAUACAAAAUCCUGCUCACAUUUUUGUACGUCAUCCCGGUGUCACAACGUUACAUCGUAGUUUCGGUUACACAACACAACCAGAGCAGCAAGAACCGCUGGCAUUGGUUGCUAAGUCGUCGCAAUCCAGGGAAACUGAAUCCAACGCGGAACACUUGAAUUCUGAUCCUCAGAAUGAUAAGCCUACAAAAAUACCUAAAAUAUCUAUUGAAGCACCUUUGGAAGAUGACAAUGAUGGGGACACAGGAAAGGAUGCCUAUAGUAGCUCCCAAGCCAGACCACAGCAACGCAACUAUAAAAAUAUGACUCGAGAACGGAGGAUCGAGGCCAAUGCACGAGAAAGGACGCGAGUUCAUACGAUUUCUGCAGCUUAUGAGACUCUACGUCGUGCUGUUCCAGCCUAUGCCAGCUCCCAGAAACUAUCAAAGCUCUCAGUGCUGCGUGUGGCCUGCUCUUACAUAUUAACGCUGAGUCGCAUGACUGGCCAGGACUACAGCUCGGAUCAAUCGGAGCCGUCAAUUGCCGAUUGCAUAGAGGCUAUCACUUCAACAAUUCAAACCGAAGGAAAGAUUAAGCGCAAAAAAGACGAGUAAAAGCCACUAAUAAUUUAUUUUAAUAAUUUCUUAAUAUUGAAAAGACUAAAUGUGACUGACUUACUACUUGGUAACUGUUUAUAUAGUGUCCUUAAGUGUAGCCCUAAUAGUUCCUCUGCAGGCCAUUGUGUACUUGACACAGCCGAUAUGUAACAUUUAAGUCAACUUGGAGUCCUUUGGUAGAUUCUAAUAUUUUUUAGAUUCAUAAAGUGGGUGAAAUAAAAAUGCUUAUCAGAUGUAACUUAUAUUUACGUAUGAUGUAUGUAUGUAUAUAAUGUAAUAUUAUCGUAAUAUAAUAUUUUUUAGCAUGCAAUACAUGCAUUGUGAUCUUAUUUUAAAUUCGAUUUUAAUGUAAGAGAUAUACUAUAUUAAGGUAUAGUCGAAAAUUUCUUUAAGAGUACAAACAAUAAAAUGAAAAUACAAUUUUACCAUUUUUGAAAGACAAUAAUUAUAACUAUGAGAAAUCAAUAAAGCUUAUGACAAUAAUGGCCCUUAUAUAAAAUCGAUUUUCAUAUGAUUUGUUUUGAGACUUACACCAUAAAAUAAAAACUAUUAAAAGUACUAUAACUAACUAUUAAAAGUCAAUCAAAGUUAAAUUAUGUGCAUUGAAUGCUACAUACAUAAAUUACAUUAAACGGAUAUAGCUUGUCUCUUUGUUUGUCAGCAUCUAAGAAAUUGACAUUUUAACUAAGAAUUGUAAAAACAAUCACAUAAAUUACAGAAAUAUAAAUAAAUAUUUUGAGUAAUUAUUGAUAUGUAAAUAGAACACUGUAUAACUGAUAAUCUCAUUUUAUAUAUGUAUAUGUAUGUAAUAAGUGCCAUAAAAGCAAAAGGCUUAAAUACAAAACUGACUAUCAUACGAAA